ACAGUUGUUAAGGGUGAUGUAAACAGCAUGCUGGAGCUGGAAUGUGUGCAGUGCGCAUGUGCUGAUUGAGCAUUUCUCUGCAGCUCUGCUGGGCUGGCUGGGCGCACCGGUGACCUUAUCGAUUUUCACAGACGGCUUCUGGCGGGUGUCAAAUCCAGAGGUGAAUGUACUGUAGCAAUCCAGGUUAAAAAGGGAAAGACUGAACCAUUUUGUGAGUGAUGUGAGAAUUUACUCAAUCAUGCACCAGCAUAUGCAAGUGCCACCCGUGGAGGGAAAAGUUCGCUGUAAUUAUCUAAAUCUGCCUCUGAUUAAUGGGGACAGACUGAGGACAGCUAAGACACUAGUGGACAAAGCAAUAAAGGAAAAGAAAGUGUUCUCGGUGCAAGGCCCAUAUCCUGUAAUCCGCGCAGGCCUGCGUGCAAGAGGAUGGGUGGAGCGGCGACUACCACGGCCUUCUUUCCCACAGCCCCGUCGUCACGAUCCUGAAACGGAAGCCACAGAUGAGGGUGGCAGCAGUGAUGAUGAUGACUUAGGAGAGGAGGGAGAGAGGGACGAUGAAGCAGAUGAUGUGUACGACCUAAUGUCACGGUUGGUUCGCAAUGAGACCCCAUAUUUCUACUGGACAACAAAGAGGGAUUCAAUCGACUGCCGGUCUUUACGUAAAGAUCAGAUGACCAAUCAUUACGCAAAGUCGGGAUCUUUUACCACCAAGGUUGGUUUGUGUUUGAAUUUGAGAAAUCUGCAGUGGUUUGAUGAAGCAGAUCCCGAUACAUUCUUCCCACGCUGCUACAGACUGGGGGCGGAGGAUGAGAAACAUGCUUUUAUUGACCUGAUCCUCCCUUUCUGCUGCUUUUCAGAGGACUUUAGACGGACUGCAUGCACAAGUCUACUGCUGUAUGUUUUGGAGAAGUAUGGUGGGGAUUCAGAGUGGGAGAGAAUAGGAGAGGUGCAUGAUGCUAAGUCUCAUGGUCCGAGCAAGCGGCGUAAACAGCACACCAAUCAGAGGGUUGGAACCUCAUUAAUUGACAAUGCAUUGCAUGUAUGCCAGGAGUAUCUGAACAGUUUAGAACAUUGUGACAUAGACAUCACUUUGGGAACAACCCCUACCCUCUCAGAGCAACAGUGGAAGGUGUUUCUUCAGAAUUACUAUUUAGUUAUUCAUGAAGGACUGAUGAUAGAGGGCUGUGAAGAAUAUGUGGAGCGUUGUAAAUGCAUGCUGGAGCAGAUGCGUCAAGUUUGCCCUCAGAUGGAGACUGAUGGACUCUGCAACAUCUGGAUCAUUAAACCUGGGGCCAAGUCACGAGGCAGAGGUAUAAUGUGCAUGAACAAGUUGGAUGAGAUGUUGAGUUUGGUAGAUGGAGACCACGGCAUGAUGAAGGACAGUAAGUGGGUGGUGCAGAAGUAUUUGGAGCGGCCCCUCCUCGUGCAUGACACUAAGUUUGAUGUAAGGCAGUGGUUCCUGGUCACAGACUGGAACCCUCUCACUGUGUGGUUCUACCGUGAGUGCUACCUCCGUUUUUCUACCCAACCUUACUCCACUCGUACAUUGGACAGCUCUGUACAUCUUUGCAACAACUCCAUCCAGAAGCAUUUUCAGCCAAGCCCAGACCGCAAUCCUUCUCUACCCGCUGAGUGCAUGUGGUCGUGCUCACAGUUCCGCUCAUGGUUGGCUGCUUCAGGCCAUGGUGGUCUGUGGGAAGGGGUGGUGGUUCCAGGUAUGCAGAAGGCUGUUAUCCAAACUCUCUUGACUGCACAGGACAGUGUGGAACCUCGUAAAGCCAGUUUUGAGCUCUACGGAGCUGACUUUAUGCUGGGGCGUGAUUUGCGACCUUGGCUACUGGAGAUCAAUGCCAGCCCCACCAUGGCACCCUCCACAGGAGUCACAGCUCGACUCUGCCCCGCUGUACAGGAAGACACUUUGCGGGUGGUGCUGGAUCGACGCUGUGACCGCAACACUCACACUGGUGGCUUCCAGCUCAUAUAUAAACAGGCAGCAGUAGAAGUACCUCAAUAUGUGGGAGUGAAUCUUCUCAUAGAGGGAACUUCAAUCAGACGUCCCCGUGCCCUUAUUUACAAGCCUCUCAUUCAGUCUCACCCUGAGCCGCUAUCAAAAUCCACCAAUCACAAGCCUUCACUUAUAAGCAGCCAUUGCACUUCUGGCAAGGAGAAUCAAUCAGAAAAGAUAAAAAAGGCUUGGCCUACCCUCCCUUCCCGUAAAGUCACAUUGGAGCAAUCUUCAACCUUUCACCUUAAACUGAGGAAACGUCCCCACAGACUAGUCUUACCUUCAAACUGUUGUGUUCUUCCCAACCCAGCAGAGCUUCAUCCGCAAAAGCUCUCACCCACUCUAGCCCAGCCCGAUCACCCUCACACACACAGGAUGCGCAGCAACCUUCCAUCUCUUUACCGUCCAACCCCCUCACUGGACGUGAUAAGCAUACGACCUAGACAAACUCUCACCUCCUGUCGCUACAAACACGACAUGCACACAGUCAAUAUAUCUUAUCCGGUCCUACCCAUGCAGCAGCACCUUUCACUAAACCAUAGACGGACCACGGACACUUUUACAAAGAGGGAAGAGCCGAAGUCAUCCUGAGGAACCUUUUGGAGAGCAUGAUUUCAUUCAAACAGAUUCUAACCUAAAUGGAAUGAAUACGUUUUAGACUGCAUCAGUUGCAUUGUGAGUUUAUCUUUAAAUACACUGGAUUCAAAACCCAUAUACCUUAUCAAUCUACUGUCAGAAAUAAGAAGGAGAACAGCAUAUUAGUUGAGGAAAAGCACUCCAGCACCUUUUUUACUAAUUAAGAAAAAUCUGUCAUAAUUUAAUCUUAUAUCCUCAUGCGUUUCCAAACCUGAAGAUUCUUCCUGAAGAAAAUUGACUGAUCUGGUUUCUUCCAUAUAAUGGAGGCAUACACCAAAGUUCAAAAAGGACCUAAAAGCACCACGUAGCGUAUUUGACUUGUGCUCUCUACUUCAAAUCUUCUGAAACCAUGCAACAGCUUUUAGAAUUUUUACAGACUAUUUUAUGGCUAAAGACACAUUUUUUAACAUAAAUGAAUUAAAUUCAAUGUGAGAUAUACAGUAGUACUAUUAUGGAGUGCCUAAUUCUGUAUUAUAUUGAUAUGGGCAACUUUUCAGUGGUGCUAUGUUUGAUGAUUAUUAACACAGUCAACUGUGGUGUACUGACUGUAUUAUUAAUCUAUGGUGCUGAAUUUUGUAUUCUAGAUGUCAGGAUGUUUCCAUAUGAGCUGAUCAAUGACCCUGUUACUUAUUGGAAACACUAGUGAUAUUCUCAAAAUUUUUGCAAUUUGAAGUAAGCUUAGUAGAUGUUUUAUGUAACUCAUGCCUUUAACCGUUAACAAACUCACCACUAGAUGGAGGUAGCAUUCAUUCUUUUAAUCUUUCUCAUUUUUUGACAGUGCUCAUCAUAUAUAAAAUAGUAUCAUAUAAAUUGCAUGCUAAAUCCACCAUCAUGGAUAUGCUUGUUAGGUCUCACUUUAUAUUAAGAGGCCUUAACUACUAUGUACUUACAUUUAAAUUAAUCAUUUGAUACAAUGCACUUAUUGUGUACAUACAUUGUACUUAUAUUUUAAAAACACUUGCAUGUAAUUGCAUCUGUAAUAAUAUAGUUAAGGCCACUUAAUAUAAAGUGGAACUGUUUGUUAUAAUAUGUGAUUAAUACAGUUUUGCAUGUCAUAAUGUCAACCAAAAGAGUGGGUUUUUGGGACAUUUUUGCAUAAACUCGAUCAUCUUGACAAACCUCUAUAAUAAAAAGCACUUCACUAACUAAACUAAAUUCA